UCUCUGCCACUUACCAACAAUCAUACCACUCACAACAGCAGCAGCAGCAACAACCGGACGGUGGUGGAGGAUGGGAGCGAGACAGAGACGCAUGAGAUAGAGGUGACCGAGGUGACUCGGGAGGGUCACGAGAAGGCCCACCCUGGUCAAUUUGAGCUGCUCAAAGUCCUCGGCCAAGGCUCUUUCGGCAAGGUCUGUCGCUAUGUUUAUUAUUGGAUUGGAUAUCAGGAAAAAUAUGAUAUACCAGCCCUGUUACUUUUUUGCUUCUGCAGACCUGAUGGGAUUGAUGAACUGAAGCGCCACCCAUUCUUUGCCUCCAUCAACUGGGAGAAGCUGGCACGGAAGGAGAUCCAACCUCCAUUCCAACCAGCUGUGAAUCGCUCUGCUGAUGAUGCCUUCUACUUCGACACAGAGUAUACAUCUCGAACCCCAAAAGUAGACUCACCAGGGGUACCGCCGAGUGCAACAGCCCACGAGCUGUUUCGUGGCUUCAGCUUUGUUGCCCCCAUCUUCCUUGAGACGAGCAACAUCCCAGCUAAACCCGCCCAGCACCUCAUUGAGACCAAGACGGUGUUGUGUGCAAAGCCGACCCUCAUCACAGAGGAGUAUGAACUGAAAGAAGAAGUUGGACGUGGUUCCUACUCCAUCUGCCGCCGUUGCAUCCAUAAGGCUUCCCAGCAAGAAUAUGCUGUCAAGGAGUUGCAGAAGAAUUGCCAGGAGGAGGUGGAGAUCUUGCUGCGAUAUGGGAACCACCCCAACAUCGUUACCCUCCGAGAUGUGUUUGAGGAUGAGGGGUGUGUAUACAUGGUGAUGGAGCUGCUACGUGGUGGAGAACUGUUUGACAAGAUCCAGGAGGAGAGAUUCUUCUCAGAGAAGGAUGCUGCUGCCAUCCUCUACAUUGUUGCCUCCACAAUCAACUACCUCCAUGCCAAUGGGGUGAGUUGGGUUUUGUUGCAUGUUAAUGGUCAGAAAUAUGACCUCAUACUGGAGCAGGAUCAAGGCUUUUGCUACAGAAUUGAGUAG